UUCAAGGAUCUUGAAUUGCGUGUGUUUGCUGCAGUUGCACUUGAAACUUCAUUUACAUUCUUCAGCGUGUAGGAGAUGCCGACCUGCAGCGUGCAACGCUGCAGAUCGCGCUCUCUUCGCAAAGAGCCUGGAGUUUCAUUCCAUUCGUUUCCAAAAAACCCACAGCUAAGAGCAAAAUGGAUCGAGGCCUUGGGGAAAGACGUGAACUGGGUGCCGCCAGAGUGGAGCCGAGUUUGCUCGAAGCACUUUCACCCAGACGACUUCGUCCAAACGCAGUCUCUCGUCCGACUUCGUCCAUGUGCAGUUCCCAGAUUUUUCCCACAACAUGAGCAUGCUGGAACCACAAGUGGGGCUGAGGCUACAGUGGAAGGCACAAUGGACAUCCAUACUGAAGACAGCACCCUGUCACACAUUUCACAAGUGCCCCCUGUAGAAGAGGUUGCUUCUACAUCAUUCGCAACACCACUGCAAACACAGGGGCGAGCCAUAGAGACUAGCUUUGAGCUGCUGUAGGACCCUCUCACCACUAUGGAAAUGGAAGUGGUAAUGCAUCACUUUUUAUAGUUUCUCCUAGACUUGUUUUGUAGUUCAAGUCAUGCGUAUUCAUAGCUGGCUAACUCGCUAUCCCCAAAAUGAAUACAGCG